GUGACGUGGCUUCAAUGACGGCACGAGUUGUACUGUUACGGUGAAGUAGUGUCCUUUUAAUUCAAUUGUAAAAUAAUGCUGUAAUUAUGAGAACUUGAUAGUAAAGAUUAUUUAAAAUUAUCUCAAGCUUAUAAUUAAAAGUACACGAUAGUCAUCGUUGACUUAAUUAGCAACAUGACUACUUAUGAAGAUUUCAUUCAACAAAAUGAAGACCGUGAUGGAAUACGUAUUACUUGGAAUGUUUGGCCCUCAUCACGUGUAGAUGCUACUAGACUUGUUGUGCCCUUAGGAACACUUUAUCAACCGAUUAAAGAAAGGCCAGAUCUCCCACCAAUACAAUAUGAUCCUGUUCUUUGUACAAGAUCUACAUGUAGAGCAAUUUUAAAUCCAUUAUGCCAAGUCGAUUACCGUGCUAAAUUAUGGGUGUGCAAUCUAUGCUUUCAAAGAAAUCCUUUUCCUCCACAAUAUGCUGCCAUUUCAGAACAACAUCAACCAGCUGAAUUAAUUCCAAAAUUUUCAACUAUUGAAUAUACCAUAAUGAGAGCACAGUGUUUACCACCCAUUUUUUUACUGGUUGUGGAUACAUGUAUGGAUGACGAAGAACUAGGUUCUCUCAAAGAUUCUUUACAAAUGUCACUUUCUUUACUUCCACCUAAUGCUCUAAUUGGUCUUAUUACAUUUGGAAGAAUGGUACAAGUACAUGAACUAAGUUGUGAAGGAUGCAGUAAAAGUUAUGUUUUUCGUGGUACUAAAGAUUUACAACCAAAACAGGUUCAAGAUAUGCUAGGUAUAGGUCGGCCAAUACCAGGUCAAAAUCCAAAUCAACAAAGAGGACCUGGUGGACAACCAUUACCAGCAGCAAAUCGUUUUUUACAACCUGUACAUAAAUGUGAUAUGAGUUUAACAGAUCUUUUGGGAGAACUUCAACGAGAUCCAUGGCCGAUCGGGCCAGGAAAACGUCCAUUGCGAUCGACGGGUGUCGCACUAGCUGUUGCUACUGGUCUUUUGGAAGCUAGUUAUGCUAAUACAGGAGCUAGGAUAAUGCUAUUUGUGGGUGGACCUUGUUCUCAAGGACCUGGUCAAGUCGUAACGGAUGACUUACGACAACCUAUUAGAUCGCAUCAUGAUAUUCAAAAAGAUAACGCUAAACAUAUGAAAAAGGCAACUAAACAUUAUGAUUCUCUCGCGUCACGCGCUGCAACAAACGGUCACAUAAUAGAUAUCUAUUCGUGCGCUCUCGAUCAAACCGGUCUAUUAGAAAUGAGACAAUGUUGCAAUUCAACUGGUGGUCAUAUGCUUAUGGGAGAUUCUUUCAAUUCUUCUCUAUUCAAGCAAACAUUCCAACGUGUGUUUGCUAAAGAUCAUAAAGGCGAUUUGAAAAUGGCAUUUAAUGCAACAUUGGAAGUGAAAACGUCACGAGAAAUUAAAGUUUCCGGUGCGAUCGGGCCUUGCGUAUCUCUAGGAGUAAAAGGAUCAAGUGUCGGAGAACAAGAAGUAGGAUUAGGUGGUACAUGCCAGUGGAAAUUCUGUUCCCUUACACCUUCCACUACUACAGCAUUAUUUUUCGAAGUUGUCAAUCAACAUACGGCACCAAUUCCUCAAGGUGGAAGAGGCUGUAUUCAAUUUAUCACACAGUAUCAACAUAGUAGCGGUCAACGAAGAAUCAGAGUUACUACAAUUGCUAGAAAUUGGGCAGAUGCAUCGACAUCUUUACAUCAUAUAAGUGCCGGAUUUGAUCAAGAAGCAGCCGCUGUUCUCAUGUCGCGUUUAGCUGUAUUUAGGGCAGAAAGUGACGAUGGACCAGAUGUUUUAAGAUGGGUCGAUCGUAUGCUUAUUAGAUUAUGCCAGAAAUUUGGAGAAUACACAAAAGAUGAUCCAAAUAGUUUUAGACUUGCAGAAAACUUUUCUUUAUAUCCUCAAUUUAUGUAUCAUUUGCGUAGAUCGCAAUUUCUACAAGUAUUUAAUAAUUCUCCCGAUGAAACUAGUUUUUAUAGACAUAUGCUCAUGAGAGAAGAUUUAACAAAUUCUUUGAUAAUGGUACAGCCAAUUUUGUACAGUUAUGGAUUUAGUGGCCCUCCGGAACCAGUUUUAUUAGAUACAUCAUCUAUUCAGCCAGAUAGAAUUUUAUUGAUGGAUACUUUCUUCCAAAUCCUUAUAUUCCAUGGAGAGACCAUUGCACAAUGGCGUCAAUUAAAAUAUCAAGAUUUGCCAGAAUAUGAAAAUUUCCGACAAUUAUUGGCAGCACCUGUUGAUGAUGCUGCUGAAAUAUUAGCCGAACGGUUUCCUGCACCUAGAUAUAUCGAUACUGAACAAGGUGGUUCACAAGCAAGGUUUUUAUUGAGCAAAGUGAAUCCAAGUCAAACUCAUAACAAUAUGUAUGCUUAUGGAGCGGGGAUGCCGAUACCCAGUGGGGAAAGUGGAGCGCCUGUCUUAACUGAUGAUGUCAGUUUACAAGUAUUCAUGGAGCAUUUAAAAAAAUUAGCUGUGUCAUCCACGGCUUAAAUUAUUAUAAAAAUAAAAUAAAUAUUCCUCAUUGUUUUGCAUAUGCAAAUUUUAAUGCUUUGGAAUAUAAUGAGGUACCGAUAGUUACAAUCUAUUAAGAAAGAUAAAAUAAAUGCAGUAAGAAUUUUCAUUAUAUCGAAAAUGUACGAUUAAUUAAAUAUAAUUCCUCAAUAUUUUUUUUGAAGUCAAGAUAUAAUUCAUGUACAAAUAAAAUACAUAGUAUUUGUGUAAUACAUAUUUUACAUUCAUGUUUCCCAUUUUUUUAAUGUCAUCAAUAGCAUAACUUAUUUUCCAAUAGUACUUGUUUAUGUAAAUGUAAUACGUAGUAAAUGUUAUCAUAUUUUUCUUUGGAAAAUGUAAGCAGUAUAACAAGACAAAU